UUUUUUCUUCUCCUUCAACCAGAAAUUACCACAACGACCCCACUUAUUCCAACAACACCAAGUGUUGGAGUGAGACUGGUCAACUCUGACAGCCACUGCUCAGGCAGAGUGGAGAUCUUCCACAAUGGCCAGUGGGGGACGGUGUGUGACGACUUGUGGAAUUUAAAUGACGCUCAGGUGGUUUGUCGACAGCUGGGCUGUGGCAGGGCUGUGGGGGCACCGCAAAGUGCACUUUUUGGACAAGGCACUGGACAAAUUUGGUUAGAUGACCUUCGGUGUUCAGGGAGUGAGUCUUCCUUAAGAGACUGUCCACAUGGCGGACUGGGGACCCACAACUGUGCUCACUCUGAGGAUGCUAGUGUCAUCUGUGAAGGUAAUCUUCCAGUGAGACUGGUCAACUCUAACAGUCGCUGCUCUGGCAGAGUGGAGAUCCUCCAUGACGGUCGUUGGGGGACAGUGUGCGACGACUUCUGGAAUUUGAAUGACGCUCAGGUGGUUUGUCGACAGCUGGGCUGUGGCAGGGCUGUGGGGGCACCAAGAAGGGCACACUUUGGACAAGGCACUGGACAAAUUUGGUUAGAUGACCUUCGGUGUUCAGGGAGCGAGUCAUCAUUAGGAGAUUGUCCACAUCUGGGAUUAGGGAACCACAACUGUUGUCAUUUUGAGGAUGCUAGUGUCAUCUGUGAAGACCAUCAACCUCUACUCCAGGCCUCUCAGCUCAUUUGCUCCCCUUAUCAGCUUAUGGUUGGGGUGCAACUGGACAGCCUGCUGUCAGCUGGUUUGAACCCAUUCUCUGGUCACCUGACAGCCCCUUACUGUACGGGCUACAGAGUGAGUCAAAACACUGUCUGGUACCAAGUGGCACGUCAGGCUGGCAUCUGCGGAACUGUACUUACGACCAACACCACCCAUGCCAUCUACUUCAACAGCUUGUAUUUCUACCCUCCAAGUAACAGGUCCAUGGUUCUGCCUGAGGUUAUUCCAUUCACCUGUGCCUAUCCCUUGGACACCAAAACUAGCCUAAACACUCAAAUCAGACCACAACUCCCUGGGUAUGGCCUCAUGGGGUCAGGUUCCAGAGCCAGAGCCUACAUGAAUCUUUUCCGCGACUCCAACUUUUCAAACAGCUAUCCAGGGGGCCAGGUCAUCCUGCCAGUGGGCUCUACACUGCAUGUGCAAGCAUAUGUGUUUGAGAAUGAUCCAAGCUUUGCAGUUGUUCUGCAGGACUGCUAUACCACUUACUCCUCAAACCCUGAAGACCCCAUGCAAUACUAUCUCAUCCAUUAUGGGUGUCCUACUGACUCUCGUCGUGUGUCGAUGGUUGAGAACGGCCUGUCCCUCCGUGCUCGUUUCUCUGCCCUGCUCUUCCCUCUCCAGGGUAGAGACCAAGACAUCUUCUUACACUGCAGAGUACGCCUGUGUGACAAGAGGAGCCAGAGCUGUGCUCCAUUUUGCACAAGACGGUCAUAUCGUUCUGUUGGUGACCCAUUCAAAUUUGUCACUGUUGGACCAAUCACCU